UUGAACCUUUGAGCUUGCCGUCGUCGCCACAGGAAGUCACAUUGUUUUCCUCCUUUCUAGAAACGCUACACUAGUACCCUGUUUCAUAUAUUUGGCACACUGAAUUUAUUUAUAUCUAUUACAGACUUGAUAAAACAACAUUUUCGCUUUGUUGUUGUUAGCAUGUGGGCAUUUGUAGCCAGUUAGGGUUGCGUUUGUAACGUUGUGAAAGCAGUAAAUAAGCUAGUAGUAAACAUACUGGCGCCUUGUCAGCCCUUUUUAUUUAUUUUACUAGUCUGAAGCUUUUCUUCCAAAAUGAUGAACUAUUCUGACUACGACUCUGAUGGUUAUUCGUCUAAUGAAGAUGCAGACUAUGUCCCAUCAGAUGAUAACCUCAGCGAGGAUGACAUUAAUGAGUGUGAAAAGGAAGACCCUCUGCACAGGGAUGAUGAUGUGCCACAUCCUGACAAUGUUAGCAAGAAGAAGAGAAAGAAAAAGGACAUCGGUAUGAGAAAGAGGAAGAAAGGAGUACUGAAAGUAGACAAGGAAGAGAAUUAUGGAGGUGGAGCAGAAGAGGCACAGGAAGCGGUGGAAAAACCCACUGAGGUAGAGAAGGAUGAUGAUGCAAAACAGAAGAAAAAAUCAGAUGACCUCUGGGCGAGUUUCCUGUCUGACGUUGGAUCCAGACCCAAAGACUCCACACCUGCCUCACAGUCAAGUACCGUACAGAAGGAUGAUUCCUCAGUAUUGAAGGUUGCUCAUUUGAGUACAGAAACAAAAGCAUCAGAACCUGCUAAAGUCACCAUCACUAAAGUUUUUGACUUCGCUGGAGAAGAAGUUAGGGUGAAUAAAGAGGUAUCAGCAGACUCCAGAGAAGCUAAAAGUUAUCUAAAGAGCCAGAACACCAAACAGGAGGAGAAUGGAGACGAUGAAAAGAGGUCAUCACCCAGCCGACCACCUCUUCCUGGCCCCAGCAGUGCCAAGCGGCCGGCUGGCAUGACGAGUAUCCUGAGUCGUAUUGGGGGAAAGAAACAGAAGAUGAGCACGCUGGAAAAAUCUAAGAUGGAUUGGGAUGCUUUCAAAUCAGAGGAGGGCAUCACUGAGGAGCUGGCCAUCCACAACAGAGGCAGAGAGGGGUAUGUGGAGCGGAAGAACUUCUUGGAGCGUGUCGACCACCGCCAGUUUGAGUUAGAAAAAGCAGUGCGACUGAGCAACAUGAAACAAUGACACAGACUGACAGCACACACACACACACACACACAGAGUGGAACAGAUGUUAAGGCUUCCUGUAUCUUGCUUUCUCUCUCUAAUGACAGAGUUGCUAUUCCCCAAGUAAAAUGAGUUGGUGCUGUGGCUUGAGUCUAUUUCAGGAUGGGGAUAUUAAUAGGCUGAGAUUUGUGGAAUGGUUGUUGAGUGUUCCUGUACUUCCAUCUUUGUGAGGACCAAUUAGAGUUUCAAACCUUUACAGUGAGGACAUUUUGUCCUACUUCCUCAAAGGGGCUGAUUUAGGACUACGACUUAGUCGUAGAGUAAUUCUGGUUUAUUACAACUUUUGUCUUAUUUUUGUAGUUUUGACCAUUAUUUCUAUCCAUAAUUAUAACAUCGUACUCACCAAGUUUAGUAUCUGGAUACAUUGUCUGGAUCAGAGAAAACACGUUAAUUCAGGUGUAAAUGCAUGUAGAACACCUUGCAGUUGGAAUGUAUUGGAUCUCAGCCAAGUGUAAAUGACAUCUAUACAGUGUGACAACAUCCUGAGGAAACAAACCCCCCCCCAACAAGUUGAAAGGUCACCUAUAACUUCGCCUCUUCCUGCUACCUCAAACUGCCCAUCAAAAAGCUACAGAUGGUACCGUCCUCUGCAAAAGAAAACUGUUUCAGCAGUGUCAUAUUGUUUGUACUAAUGAUCGAGUCAGGAGAGUUCCAUGUCUGUCAAAGGUUUAGAAAUACUCCAAGCAAUAGUCACCUAACAUUAUGGAAAAAACCCUGCCCAUACACUACAUUAUGUAGUGCUGAUGGUUAAAGCCCCCAUGUGUAGGUUUUGAAACUUUCUGGCUUUUUCCUCAAAAAGACAUUAAAGGUUCAAUAUGUCCUUGUGUGUCAAAUGUUUGGUUAGAUUUAUGACAUUUUUGGGUAGAUUUUUCAUUGUUUCAGUGUUCGACCAAUAUAGUUUUUUUAGGUCGUUAAUGAUGUUUUUGGGUUGGAAAAAACGAUAGUUGAUGUAAUGCCUUUAAAUUCGAACAUUUUCAUACUUUGUAAACCAUCGUGGGACACUGAAACACCUUGCUGACCACUGAAAUUAUGAUAACAUGUAUUCAUGCAUUCAGGUGAAAAGCUUUCUGUGGACCCUGUACAGAGCACUGUAAUGCUGAUCAAUACCACAGUAGAAGUGUAAUAAAUCAAACUGCGUCUUAUCCAUCAUAUCAGCGGAGGACCACGAGCAGAUGUGAUGGCUGAUAUCGGCCUGUCCCUCAGGUGGUGCUUUGUCCUGGUUAUGAACUAAUAUGAAGACAAAGACAGAAGAACAGUGGGGAGAGGAGGAUUGAUACGAAAAAGGAGAGAUAUGAGAGGGGGAUUUGAUGUAUUAUUACUGUACUGUGGCGUUUUGAUACAGUUCUCUGUUUCUUCAUGUAAAAAUUAAACAUCCAAUAAACACAAACUGAUCACUUUAA